AGGAUGCCAGCCCCCAUCAGACUGCGGGAGCUGAUCCGGACCAUCCGGACAGCACGGACCCAGGCAGAAGAGCGCGAGAUGAUCCAGAAGGAGUGUGCUGCUAUUCGGUCGUCCUUCAGAGAGGAGGAUAACACGUACCGCUGUCGGAAUGUGGCAAAGCUGCUGUACAUGCACAUGCUGGGCUACCCAGCGCAUUUUGGCCAGUUGGAGUGCCUCAAGCUUAUUGCCUCUCAGAAAUUCACAGAUAAGCGCAUCGGGUACUUGGGUGCCAUGCUACUGCUGGAUGAGAGACAGGAUGUACACCUUCUUAUGACCAACUGCAUCAAGAAUGACCUUAAUCACAGCACACAAUAUGUGCAGGGGCUGGCACUCUGCACCCUUGGCUGCAUGGGCUCCUCAGAGAUGUGCCGAGACCUCGCUGGAGAGGUGGAGAAACUCCUCAAAACCUCCAACUCUUACCUAAGGAAGAAGGCAGCAUUGUGUGCUGUGCAUGUCAUCAGGAAGGUGCCUGAACUCAUGGAGAUGUUCCUGCCGGCCACCAAAAACCUGCUGAAUGAGAAGAACCAUGGUGUUCUUCACACAUCAGUUGUCCUUCUCACAGAGAUGUGUGAGAGAAGCCCAGACAUGCUAGCACACUUCAGAAAGAAUGAGAAGCUUGUACCCCAGUUAGUUCGUAUCCUAAAAAACCUUAUCAUGUCUGGAUAUUCACCAGAGCAUGACGUGUCUGGGAUCAGUGACCCCUUCCUGCAGGUGCGGAUCCUGCGGUUACUAAGGAUUCUGGGACGCAAUGAUGAUGACUCGAGUGAAGCAAUGAAUGAUAUACUUGCACAGGUCGCCACCAAUACAGAAACAAGUAAAAAUGUGGGAAAUGCCAUUCUCUAUGAGACUGUGCUGACUAUCAUGGACAUCAAGUCUGAGAGCGGACUGCGAGUGUUAGCCAUUAACAUCCUAGGACGUUUCCUGUUAAAUAAUGACAAAAAUAUUAGAUAUGUUGCCUUGACGUCUUUGUUGAAAACAGUGCAGACAGAUCACAAUGCGGUCCAGCGGCACAGAAGCACCAUUGUGGAUUGCUUGAAGGAUCUGGAUGUUUCCAUUAAACGGCGUGCGAUGGAACUGAGCUUUGCUCUGGUUAAUGGAAACAACAUCCGUGGAAUGAUGAAGGAACUGCUGUAUUUCCUGGAUUCCUGUGAGCCUGAGUUCAAGGCGGAUUGUGCAUCUGGAAUAUUCCUUGCAGCAGAAAAAUAUGCCCCUUCCAAGCGUUGGCACAUAGACACAAUCAUGCGAGUCCUGACAACGGCAGGGAGCUAUGUUCGUGAUGAUGCUGUCCCCAACCUGAUCCAGCUGAUAACCAACAGCAUGGAGAUGCAUGCCUACACUGUGCAGAGACUCUACAAAGCUAUCUUUGGCGACUACUCCCAGCAGUCCCUGGUGCAGGUGGCCUCCUGGUGCAUAGGAGAGUAUGGAGAUCUGCUGGUGUCUGGUCAGUGUGAAGAGGAGGAACCAAUUCAGGUAACGGAAGAUGAAGUGCUUGAUAUCUUGGAAAGCAUCCUGAUAUCAAACAUGUCUGUAUCCGUCACGCGAGGCUAUGCUCUCACUGCCAUCAUGAAGCUUUCCACUCGGUUCACCUGCACGGUCAACCGCAUCAAGAAGGUUGUGUCCGUCUAUGGCAGCAGCAUCGACGUGGAGCUUCAGCAGAGAGCAGUGGAAUACAACGCACUCUUCAAGAAGUAUGACCACAUGAGGCCAGCCCUGCUUGAGAGAAUGCCUGUUAUGGAGAAGGUGACCACUAAUGGCCCCACUGAGGUCGUGCAGACCAAUGGAGAGACAGAGCCAGCAGUGCUGGAAACCAAACCUCCUCCUCCUGGGCUGCAGCCCACCAGCCAGGCAAAUGAUUUGUUGGACUUGUUGGGAGGAAAUGAUACUACCCCAGUAAUUCCCACUGCGCCAAUGAGUAAGCCGGCCUCUGCUGGUGGGGAGCUCCUCGACCUCCUGGGAGACCUUAACCUGACAGGUUCUCCAGCCUCUGCCCCUACCCCUGCCCCACAGAUAUCGCAACCUCCGUUCCUGCUGGAUGGACUCUCAUCACAGCCUCUCUUCAAUGACAUUGCUGCUGGCAUUCCCUCUAUCACUGCGUACAGUAAGAAUGGGCUGAAGAUUGACUUCACCUUUGAGAGGUCAAACACAAAUCCCAGUGUCACCGUGAUCACGAUACAGGCCUCCAACAGCACGGAGCUGGACAUGACCGACUUUGUUUUCCAGGCUGCAGUACCAAAGACAUUCCAGCUGCAGCUCCUGUCUCCUAGCAGCAGUGUCAUCCCAGCAUUUAACUCGGGGACCAUCACACAAGUCAUCAAAGUCCUGAACCCACAGAAGCAACAGCUCCGUAUGAGGAUCAAGUUGACAUAUAAUCACAAGGGCUCUGCGAUGCAGGAUCUAGCCGAAGUCAACAACUUCCCCCCGCAGUCCUGGCAGUGAGGCUCUGGCGUUGUCCUUACUCUCACCCCACCCAAUCAAAGGAACUCUGGGAAGAAGGUUGUGAUCCCUGGCAAUCCCCCAAACUGCACCGUGGGCAUGGGGAGCAGAGAGACCUGCUGAUGUGGAGGGGUUUCCCUGAUCGACUCUGAAGCAUAUCUGCUAAGACUAAUCUCCUCCCCUCCACUGAUGAGGCUGGCUGCUUGUGGGGGCUACUCUGCACUCCCUCACACAUGCAUUCACAGCCAGAAACAACAUUCCCCUUCUUCCCCACAAAAACACAGCCUGUUUUGGAAGAGAGGACUGGAAUUCCUUGCAGGGAAGCUCUCCCCUUCUCUCUCUCUCUCUCUCUCCCUCUCUCUCUCUCUCUCUCUCUCUCUGCAGUGAGUGAGCAGCUUCCCCUUCUUUCUGCUGCCUUCUCUCUGUGGGGUGGGUGAGGUGCAUUUUGAUUCAUCACUAGCUGGGUAGACAUCUUCAGGCACUUUCAUCUGGGGUUCAGGUUGGAAACUCAUCCAGAGGGUGUUAGGGAGCCAUGCCUUUUUCUUUCAUAUCCCCUGUGCUGGAGGAGGCUGUCCACUCUGUGGCCUAUUCUGUGCAUUGUUGUAUACACACACGCCACACACACACAACUUUAGUUGUAUGAUGAUACCAAGGGCAAGUCACGCCUUGGAAGUUCAUCUGCAAAGCUGGGACUGCAGGAAGAGCGGUGCAGGUGAGAUACAAGCAGAUGGUUCUAGUGCCGGAACUGAAACAAAGCCCUGGUGCACUUGGGUUUUCUUCGCUUUCCACCGUCGGCUGCAGCUCUGCAAACUUGCGCAGGUGUUUCUGUAGCUGCCUCCUUGGAAAGCUUCACUAUGGAUGAGAGACUCUGAGCUCCACCCUUGGCUGACCCAUCCCACACCCAAAGUUUCAGAACUUACUGUCCAGUCCUGUGGCUGUUGGUUGUGGUAGGUGGGUAGAAAAGAGAUGUUGAGCUCUAUCGCCCUUAAAGAAAAGGCCUUGCUGCCUGCUGGAAGACUCAUCAUAGACUACACUGCAAAGUCCCAUUUCCCAGCUACUUCAGAUCCUUCCCUCCUUUAAUUUCCAGAGCCUGUUAGACCCCUGGAUUCCAUUUGAGUUCGUUCUGACUGGGACAUUUGUGUUGUAUCUGUAACAUUGGCACUGAAAUAAAGACCAUGCAGUUUAAAGAGA